AUGGCAACUAGCAGCGCUCGAGGAACAGAUAACUGCAAAGAAGAUGCAGCUCUUGCUCAAGCCUUGGCGCUUGUAGCGGAUACAGAGUUUGCCGAGUAUGAGCUCUGCAAGAUGUUCAAACGAUCUGUAACGACAGGUCGUCGAGCUUUCUUUGGAGGAAAGGACGGUCGCGUGGCCCCAGAUAGUUCUCAAGGAUCUGGUAGUGCUUCGGUGCCACGAGAAAUCACAAUCCGUCCUCGUGAGAGUCGGCGUCGAAGCUCUACAUCGGACGUUCGGCGGUCGCGUCCUAUGCCACAGUUGGAUCGCAUCCCUUCGCUAGAACCCGUCUUGAGCGAUGGGUCUUCCGAAGAAAACAACAACAAGCACCUGCUCCAUGUGCCUUGCGAAAUCAACCAUCGACUUGUGGAGAUGAUGGUGGAUACUGGAGCUCAAACCUCGGUCCUCUCGUCUGGUCUCAUGCAUAAGCUGGGGCUUGCACGGUUUCUGAACACUCGACACCAAGGUGUAGCUACCGGCGUUGGCUCCGCCCAGAUCCUUGGCAGAAUUGAACGGUGCCCGGUUCAGAUAGGACAUGCAGAGUUCUUGCUAUAUUUUUCUGUCUUGGAAACGCCCGAUGAUUUGAUGAUUCUUGGCAUCGACCAGCUGCGUCGCUUCAACUGUCUCGUGGAUCUAGGGUCCAACAAGCUCAUCUUUGGAGGAAGAGGAGGGGUUGAAGUGGAUGGCUUUAAAACAGGAUGA